GAGGUUGGCCGGACACCGUUCCGAUGCACAACGCGUUGCUAAGUAUUUAGCACAGCUAACGCUUCUGCUCCUUCGUCCUGUCUUCUUACAGGAGAUGCUCGCGGACAGGAUUUAAACUCGCUGAGUGAAAUCACAAGUAGUUGUGAUGUCUGAGCCCAAACCCCCCACUCCUACCACCCCGACCCCUGGAGACACGUACAAGGGAUGGCUCUUCAAAUGGACUAAUUACAUAAAAGGUUACCAGAGACGAUGGUUUGUUCUCAGCAACGGAUUGCUGUCUUACUACAGGUGUCAGGCAGAGAUGGGUCACACCUGCAGAGGCACCAUAAACCUGGCCACCGCCAACAUCACCGUGGAGGACUCUUGUAAUUUCGUCAUUUCCAACGGGGGGGCGCAGACGUAUCACCUGAAGGCCAGCUCCGAAAUCGAGCGCCAGCGAUGGAUCACCGCGCUGGAACUUGCCAAAGCCAAAGCUGUGCGCAUGCAGGACGAAUCUGACGACUCUGCUGAUGAGUUAUCUGCAGCGACCCCUACCUCCACACAGGCCGCAGGAUCUCAUCCGUCAGAAGUCCAGUCCACGCUGCGCACCCUGGGCAGCAAGGUGGAGGACCUCACCACUUGCAACGAUCUGAUUGUUAAACAUGGCUCUGCUCUCCAAAGGUCUUUAUCAGAGCUGGAGGGGCUGCAAGUUGGAACGGACAUGGGGGAAAAGAUCCGACAGGUCACAGAAAGGGCCACACUGUUCCGAAUCACCUCCAACGCCAUGAUCAAUGCCUGCAGGGACUUCCUGUCCAUCGCCCAGAGCCACAGUAAGCGCUGGCAGAAGGCCUUACAGACCGAGAGGGAGCAGAGGAUUCGCCUGGAGGAGACACUGGAGCAACUAGCCAAACAGCACAACCAUCUGGAGAGAGCAUUCAGAGGCGCCACUGUUCUGCCACCUUCCCUCAGCAAUCCCAACUUAAGCAUUAAAAGCGGUGUUUCAGGAAAGGGCGAUGCCAGUGAUGAGGACGAUGACAACGAGUUCUUCGAUGCAAUGGAAGACCCAACAGGAUUUAUUACUGUUCCUGCUGAUCCCAAGUACCACAGGAGAUCUGGCAGCAAUAUCAGUGGGAUAAGCAACGAGACGGGAAUGGACGACCAGUCGUAUGACGAAAUGUCCUUGGCGUCUAAUUCUGAGUCUUCUCCGCCUCUUGAGCUGGAGCCGGUCAGACAAAGACGGACUCGUAUUCCCGACAAACCCAACUAUUACCUUAAUUUGUGGAGCAUCAUGAAGAAUUGUAUUGGGAAGGAGCUCUCAAAGAUACCGAUGCCGGUGAACUUCAAUGAGCCGCUGUCGAUGCUUCAGCGUCUGUCUGAAGACCUGGAGUACUACGAGCUCCUGGACAAAGCCGCAAAGUGUCAGAGCUCUUUAGAGCAGAUGUGCUACGUAGCGGCUUUCACCAUCUCAUCCUACUCCACCACGGUCCACCGCACGGGGAAGCCCUUCAACCCCUUACUGGGAGAAACCUUUGAGCUGGACCGGUUUCGAGAGUCCGGUUACCGCUCGCUCUGUGAACAGGUGAGCCACCACCCACCAGCUGCAGCCCACCAUGCCUUCUCUGAGAAGGGCUGGACCCUCAGACAGGAAAUCACACUGGCCAGCAAGUUCCGGGGAAAAUACCUUUCCAUUAUGCCUCUGGGCUCCAUCCAGUGUAUGUUUGAUAAAAGCAACAAUCACUACUCCUGGAAAAAAGUCACGACGACUGUACACAACAUCAUCGUUGGGAAACUGUGGAUUGAUCAGUCAGGAGAGAUCGAUGUGGUGAACCACAAGACGGGAGAUCGAUGCCACCUCAAGUUUGCUCCUUACAGCUACUUCUCUAGAGAUGUACCCCGGAAGGUGACAGGAGUUGUGACGGAUAAGGACGGGAAGGCUCAUUAUGUUCUGUCAGGAACAUGGGAUGAGAAGAUGGAGUUUUCCAGGAUCAUGCAAAGCAGCAAAGGCGAGAAUGGCACCGAGGGCAAACAGAGGACUGUUUACCAAACCCUCAAACCCAAAGAAAUCUGGAGAAAGAACCCUUUACCGGAAGGAGCAGAGAACAUGUACUACUUCUCCUCUCUCGCGUUGACCCUGAAUGAACCCGAGGAGGGCGUGGCGCCGACAGACAGCCGGCGGCGUCCGGACCAGCGCCUGAUGGAAGAAGGUCGCUGGGACGAAGCGAAUGCAGAGAAGCAACGGCUUGAAGAAAAGCAGCGCUCUACCCGGCGAGAACGGGAAAGAGACGCGGUUAAAGCGGCUCCAACGCCUGAGGAAGUUCUUGCACAUGAGGGUGGCACCACAGGAAGUGAGGUUUCUGAUGAAAGCGCCCAUCCAGACAACUACCAAGCGCUGUGGUUCGAGAAGAUCCACGACUCCGUGUCUGGAGAGACGCUGCAUGUCUACAAGGGAGGCUACUGGGACGCCAAGGAACAGGGAAGUUGGGAAAUGUGUCCCGACAUCUUCUGAUUACAGAUACCUGUAGCCUCAGGAUCAGUCUGUUGGAUGUCGCCCUCAAAGCACACUCGGUGCUCAUGGGUAUUGUAGUCAUUGUGCUGCUGGUUGUGUUGCAUUCCAUUGGCCUCAUGAGUCAGAUCUAAAACCCUCUAGUUCCACCGUGUUCCAGGGGAAAGAGAGAAAAGCAGUAAGUUAUGUUCUGACAGCUCAAUGCUAAUCGUAACUAUUAUUACUGACACGAGGAGAAAACACAGAAUACUGCAUUUUGUGCAUUCAGUCACUGGAACAGAACAUUCACUAAUUCCUGGACAAAUUGACAGAAGAAACAAGCUAAAGUUGAUUACCUCACU